UCCUGAUUUUUUUCCCAUUGCUGUAGCUCCUUGAGAAAGCUAUUUUCAGAUGUUAAGCUACUUCAGCCAUUUGAUCUAUGUAGUGGUUUCACUAUGUGGGACUAUUGGUAAACUUUCUUGGAGUGUUGAGAUGCCAUUAUACCCUUGUAGUGUACUGAAUGUGCUUGUUCAUCUUUAAGAACUUGUUUAACGUAAAUGUUCUCCAGUUACGGUUACCUGCUCCCUUUUCUGCCUAUGCAAUAGUUUGAUCGACAAUUGUACUUUGUAGUUCUAAUUUAAGCUCAUUUACUUGACUAUGUUAGUCUCAAUAAUAAAGGCUGCUAUGGUUUCCAUGGGUUUUAAUACUUUAUUGCAGGCUAGUAAUGAAAAUUUCAAUUUUCUAUUUCUUUCAGUGACAAGACAAAAUAUUAUCUGCUGGCAUCCUUUGUUCUACACAUAAAGCAUAGUGAGUCCAAGGAUUCCGCUGUAAGCCCAAGAAUUCUGCUGUCUGGUCCUGCAGGUUCUGAGAUAUAUCAGGAGAAGUCAUCAAAGGCACUUGCUCAUCACUUCGGGGCUAAAUUGCUUGUAUUUCAUAGCCGCUUGUAUCUAUCUGGUUCAUUUACAACGGGGCCAAAGCAAAUACUUGAGGUGUUGAUGGCCCAGUUAUGCCAAGAAGUACGCCCUCUAGUUGUUCAAUAGAUUCAGGGCAUAGUCCCUUCAGUUGGAAAAGGGGAUAUGCUACACUCUUCAAAUGCAGCAUUACGUGUUCCAGUGUCUCAAAAAACUAAGAAUCGAUGUUUCAAAAGUGGUGACAGUAAUAUUUGUGGGUUUCAAUUUUACCAGCUUAUGUUCUAUGGUUUCUGCCAGGGGCCCUAAUUUUGGAAGCCAGGGGAAAAUUGUUUUAACUUCUGAAAACAGUAAUUCAUUUAAAGUUGGUGUAAGGUUUGAUAAGCCUAUUCCUGAAGGCCAGGACCUAGGAGGUCUAUGUGAAGCAGGUCAUGGGUUCUUUUGCAAUGCAAGUGAACUUCAACCAGAGUCCACAACUUUGAAGGAUUUACAAAAGUCAAUCAACAACAUAUUGCUUGAGGAAUGUUAUUGUGGAAAACAAGAAAAGGAGAAGUUUCUGGUGACAACAAGCCUACUGUCAGAACUUUUUCCUAACAAAAUUACUAUUGACAUGCCUAAGGAUGAGACGCAUAAAGCUGUCCUGAAGCGUCAAUUUGCUAACGACUUUGAAUUCCUCAAGAGCAGAGGAAAACUUUAUGUGCCUUAGCAAUGUAGAAAACUACAAGCCAUUAUAGUUUGUAAUAUUUCGUUUUUAUGAUACUGGCUUUAUGUGUGGUUUUAAUACUGCUCAAGAAAAGCUAAAGAUACCCAUUUUAAUCCGAUGUAUGUAGAGCAGUAUGGCUUCUGGCUUGCCUCAUUUGUAUGAACCUUUAUUUAGUAAUAUAAUUUUGUUUUUUUGCUUA